UCACAUUGUGAGGAGAGCGUCGGGGAUCCUGCACAUCUGCUGCGCUCCUGCAAGGAGAUACAAGUCCGAGUCAGCAUCACUUACACAAACAACGCAAACGAACCUGAGGGGAAAGGGAUUACCGAUGCAUUAAUUGUCUUCUGGACAGAUAUCGGGUAUCCGAAAUGCGGGAAAAUUCCACAGGUGAAAAUGCUGUGCUGAUUUGAUUCAUUCUAGCUGUGAUUUCUCGCAUCAGAAUUGGUGAUCUGAAGCUGGUAAGGUAAAAGAGCGGGACUGAAGGAUAUGGCCAUAUUCCGGAUAUCGUUACUCUUGCAAGUGGGAUUUGUUAUAGGAUCAAAUUAUAGAUAUGUGGAACAUGAUCGGGACCUAAAAGCAAAGCUGUCCAUUUCCAAUAAGCACAACAAUCAGCAAGCGCACCUCCGGAAACUCCAUUCGGGUUUAGCGCUGAAGAUUGAGGAACAGGUACCCAGUGAGGUGACUGCGUUUCUGCACACAGGGGAUUCCUCCACCUUAAAACACGCCAACUGCUCCAGGAGAUAUGAGCUGGUGGUGCUGCGAGGAAGGACUCGCGGAGACGCGCGUCACUCCAUGCGCAGCGUCCUGGACACGGUCCUUCACGCCACAAACUUCCUCAACAUGAUCCUACAAACGAACAAGUCCAGACAUCACAGCCCCAGACGCGAUAUGGAGUGGUACCACGCUCUGGUCCGGAGUAUCCUGGAGGGAGACAUCAAGAUCCAUCGAGCUGUUGUCACCUUGAGCACCGAGUCCCCUCCUGAAGGGACACCUGUUUACCUUCAGGCCACACGGGCAGGUGGAGAGAUCAUUCUCCAGGAUUUAUCCAGCACUGCCCACCAUAUAUUAAAAAUCAGAACGGCUGAUACAGAGUGGUACCACGAGCAUAAAAAUAAAAAGACGACCCGUCUCCAAAAACGAGUGCUGAGUCAAGAUUUUGCUUCUUUUGACGCGUCUGUGCGCAACGGAGAAAGUUAUAUUACCGACAAAACUCAGAUUCACUGGUCAGUUCCGUAUCUGGAGUGUAAAAAUGGAAAUUUCGUUCCCAGAUGGCUCCUGACCCUGUCUGCCGGCUUCUAUGGCCUUACACACAACCGAAAUCCAGACUUCAGGGGUGUUGUUCGUGUGGACGUCAGCCUGCAGGAUGUGGAUAUUGAUCAGUGCUCUGCAGAUGGCUGGUUUGCAGAUGCCUGGCCUCACAGGUGCAACAUCACCUCUAUGAAUUGUUUGCCUAUCCCAGGUCAUGGAUUUGUGCUGGACAAGUAUAAAUGUCACUGCAAAAGAGGCUUUUAUCAUCCAAGCAGAGUUGCAGUCAGUGGCUUUAAAAGGAAAGUAAGUGGGAAGGGCACAGAGGGUUUGCCACAUCACAGGAAUGUUCCAGAAAGUUCCAGCCACUGUCUGCCCUGCCAAGAAGGCUGUGAUUUUUGCAAGGACGAUGUGCCCUGUGUGGACCGGGGUGACAGCACCCUGCGUAUGGUGGUGCUCUCCUUCCAGGGCUUGUGCAUGCUGGUGGAUUUCAUCAGUAUGGUGCUGCUCUACCAUUUCCGCAGGAACAAGAGUAUCAGAGCGUCAGGACUCAUUUUGCUAGAGGCCAUCUUAUUUGGAGCGAUCCUCCUGUACUUUCCGGUGGUUAUUCUAUACUUCCAGCCGAGUGUUUUCCGCUGUAUCCUGCUGCGGUGGGUUCGUCUGCUGGGAUUUGCCACAGUCUAUGGAACCGUCACCCUCAAACUCUAUAGGGUUCUCAAAGUGUUCCUGUCACGCACAGCUCAACGGAUCCCCUACAUGACCAGCUGGAGAGUGUUGCGUCUACUGUCUGUCAUUCUGCUGAUUGUGUUAUGGUUCGCAAUAGCCUGGACUGCCGCUGUUUGUCAGAAUCCAAACAGACAUCUCUCUCUCAUCAGUGUGGGCCUCACCACUGAUCGGCUACAGUUCAGCAUGUGUCUGCUGGACCGCUGGGACUACAUGAUUGCUGUGGCUGAGUUCCUGUUCCUCGUGUGGGGUGUCUAUCUGUGUUAUGCGUUGAGGACGGUCCCCUCAGCGUUUCAUGAGCCACGCUAUAUGGCCAUCGCAUUGCACAAUGAACUCAUCCUUUCUUCCAUUUUUCACAUUUUAAGGUUCACUCUUGCCCCUGAUCUGCACCCAGACUGGAUGUUGAUGCUAUUCUUUGCUCAUACACACUUGACAGUGACUGUCACUUUGGGGUUACUGCUUGUGCCAAAGUUCUUGUUUGCGGGUACUCAUCUAAGGGAUGACAUUGUUACAGAGGCUUAUGAAGAUGAAUUGGACAUGGGGCGGUCAGGGUCAUACCUGAAUAGCAGCAUCACAUCAGCCUGGAGUGAGCACAGUCUGGAUCCAGAGGAUAUACGGGAAGAGCUGAAGAAGCUCUAUUCCCAGCUGGAGAUUUAUAAGAGGAAAAAGAUGUUGGCCAACAAUCCUCACCUGCAGAAGAAGCGCAGCUCCAAAAAGGGCCUAGGUCGCUCCCUCAUGCGCCGCAUCACUGAGAUUCCAGAGACAAUGGGCCGCCAGUGUAGCCAUGAGGACAAGGACCUGGGUGAACAUGGGAGUAACCGCAACAGCAUCUGUGUCCUGAGAAAGAACCCUUUUGAGCCCACACACUCUGUUAAGCCUGCCAAAGAUGAAUCCUUGAAGAGCAAAGUCUUCUCCCUUAAAAAGUCCCAUAGCAGUUAUGACCAUGUUCGGGACCACAGUGAGGAUUCCAGCAGUUCAGUUACUGACAAGAUGGAAGUCGUAAACACAGAAGGCUCCCUUCUUGAAACCCUAAUGGGCAAGAAGCUGGUCAAAAAGUCCUGUGAGAAGAUUGAUGCAGCCCGUGAUUCAACAGAGUCAGUUCCCUUGGUGUGUAAGUCAGCCAGCGCUCACAACCUGACAGCUGAUAAAAAACCUAUUCAUCCUAGAACAUCCAUGCUGCAGAAAUCUCUAAGCCUUAUUGCCAGUGCCAAAGAGAAAACACUUGGUCUAACAGGAAAGGUCCAAGCUGUGGAGGAUUCAACAAAGAAAGCUAAUCAAAAGAACAAGGAUACCAAGACCUCAGCUGAAGCUGAAGAAAAAGAGGGUUAUCCAAAGAUGAUUGUCAGUCAGUCGGUGGAGUACAAGCAGACAGCUGUCAAAACGGGUAUAAUGAAGCCACAGAUUACUGGAAGCCAGCCCUCCAUUUGCACAGAAACAUCCAAGGGGAAAGACAUGUAUGACCUCUCAGAGGUGUGCCCUUGGGAAAUGGACGACUUGCCCACUCACUCUGAAAACAAGAUCAAGAAACACGUGUCUAUUGCCCCAGAACAGACCACCACAGUCCAUGGAAGUAGUAACAAGGCGACAAAGUCACAACAGCAAAAGCAUAAAGGCACAGAGCAGUCAACCUCUGUGGCCAGACAUCCAAUUCAGAAAGUUUCUGACAGAACAGACAUAUGUCCAUGGGAGGAAGGAAAUGAGGACCAUGGUCAGGAAAUGGGGCCAAAACCUCACUCCAGUAGUAAACUUGCCACGUCCCAACCCCAGACAUCCGGAGAGGUUGUCACGGUUUUAAAAGCUGAGGUCUGUCCAUGGGACUUUGAGGAAGUGGCGGGCAAGCCAAAGAACUUAGAUUGCUCCCCUGAUCAGAGCAGGCCAAGAAAGGACACCACACCAACUGAGAUCAAAGGGAAAAUAAGCUCCUUGCCUACUGAAGUUAAGGGCAAGGGUACAACACCUACAGAGGGCAAAGCAAAGGGUGUUCUCUCCGAGCCUACUAAAUCCAAGGGUAGCUCACUUCAGCUGCUCUCUAAAGCAGAAGUGUGUCCAUGGGACUUUGAGACUGUGUCAGCUUCCAUCUCUGAACAAAACCCUUGUUCUCAGGUUUCUAAAACAAAGGAGACCCAUGCUAAAAAGAAGGGAAUUUCUCCUGUCAGAAAGUCAGAGAUGGAAAGAGAUAAUGCAAAGGGUCCUGAUUAUGACAAAUUUAAAUCAAACACAAAAGACAAGUUAACCUCUGGCAAAACAAAAGAAAUACCUGCCAUCCAGUCUAAACUGGCGGAGAUUUGUCCAUGGGAUGUUGAUAGUAGUCUGGAAAUUGUCUUAAUGGAAAAACAAAAAAGCCCAAAUGUUGCAUUAGCAAAACGCAAGCAAGCAGAGGCAUGCCCUUGCGAUUUUGACGCAACUAGUAAAGAAGUCAACUGGAGCACCAGCUCAUCCACUGGCAAACAGAAAAGUUCGAAUUCCAAAGGCAGAGUUACUAGUGGUGUUAAAAUGUCAGAUGUCUGCCCAUGGGACUUUGAUGAACAAGAAUCAACAAAAAAGGCAUGACACUUUACCUGAGUGAGCCGUUAGUUAGUCCUCAUUAUAUGUGCUUUUUCUUUCAUAAAUACACCAUGGAAUAAAAUCUUAUUUAUGGUGAUUUGGAGGAAAAAACUAAUCUACAUGUCACACAAGCUGCCUUUCUCUUCAUUCUUGUGUUUUCCCUUUGUGUGUGUGUUUUUUUUUUUUUUAAUUAAAAAAAAAAAAAAAUU